AUGGCGGAAUCAACAGACGAAGUGAAGGGACAGUUUCUGUUUUGUCCUGUCUGUCGUUUAAAUCACGAUCAAGGAAGGAAACACAUAUAUACGAGGAAGCAUAAGACAUUACUUGGCAAGAUCCUUUUGAAAUUUGGAAAGAAGGUGAGUAGUUUACAGAGAAAAGAUGUUUGCAUCCACAACUGCGAGGAGAAACUAACAACAUUUUUAAGAUAUUACGAAACUUAUUUACGCCGACAGAUCAAAAUAUCCUGCUUAUCCUGGAGUUUGUACAUUUCUUCUUUCCUCCAGUUGACACAACAGAAUCGCCAUGCGAGAGCUUGAGAUACAGGAAUAUGCAUUUCUAUCAGCGGGGGGUCGACACCAGGGAAUCCCCGAACAUUUGCACAACGACGUUUAUAUUUUCUUUUUCGAUCCUACGUGCUCUCCAAAUCCUGGGGGUCUUUCCCUGGAGGUUCUACCACAAAAGGGCAAAGGCUAUCCAAUCCCCUGUCCCUGAUUAAAAAUUUGCAGCAACCCAGGUGGAUCUUAACAAGAUUCUUAUUAAGAUUCUUACCAAAAUCUUAACAAGUUUCUUAAUUAAGAUUCUUGUAAGAUCUUGUAAGAAUCUUUAAAGAUCUUUUAAGAAUCUUACAAAAACUUAUAAGAAUCUUAAUUAAGAUCUUACAAGAAUCUUACCAAAAUCUUGCAAGAUCUUGAUUAAUAAACUUGUCCCUUGUCCCAUCUGUUCAUUGAGGGAAUCAAAAUUGGAAUUCACACUGUUCUCUUCUCUUCUCAAGGAAAGCCCGAAAAUUGUGAUUUGCGAGAUAAUGUUAACAGUUAGUUUAGGGUAAGCCUAGGUCAAAUCAUUUCGGAUACAAAAAAGGUUAUUGUACACAGCAGCUUAUUUUCAGCCUGAGUACUCCGCCUUAUUAGGAGAUCAGCGUAUACUAAGAUCUUUGUUAUUUUUGAAAAAAGUAAGAUUUAUUACUGAGUGAAUUAACCUUAAUUUACAACUAAUAAUAUAACUUUUCAUUUAGAAUUAAAGAUGUUAUAAACUGUACUUUUUGCAGCUCAAAUUCUCAUUAUGAUUCUAUAAGAUGUUACCAUGAUUAAUUAAUUUUACAACGAAAUCUUAAUAAGAAGGCCAGUCUGAGAUAGGUGAAAACUUUUGGCACCUCAUAAUUUAUUAAUAAGUUCUUGUUAAGAUCUUAUUAAGUUUUCUUUAAGGUCUUAGAGCUUCUUACUGGGAAAUUUUUACCAAGAUUCUUACAGUCACUUAAUAAGAGCUUAUUAAGAUCGUAUUAAGAUCUUGUAAGUUUUCUUCAAGAUCUUAGAGCUUCUUACUAGAAAAUUUUUACUAAGAUUCCUACAGUCACUUAAUAAGAUCUUACUAAGAUUGUAUUAAAAUCUUGUAAGAUUUUAUGGAUGGCAAAGACAUUUAAGAUGUUGACAAGAUCUUAUUAAGGGAGAUCUUUUAAGAUAUGAUUUCUUAAUAAGAUCUUACAAGAACUUAACAAGAUCUUAAUCUUAAUAAGCAUCUUAGAAGAUUCUUACAAGAUCUUACAAGACCUUACAAGAUCUUAAUAAGAUUUCCACCUGGGAAAUGUCAGCUAUUCUUCUGCCAUGCCCACGUAUCUCCAUGCAUGAUAGGUCAUCUUCAGCUUGAAAAUUACCUUUAAACCAAUUGAGCAUGACUUACAAUAAUUACUGUAAAUAAAAUAUAAUUUCCACAUCUCAGGUUGAUGAAGCAAGGAAGUUUUUAAAGAAACCCUCUGUUGAAGAUGGUGAACUUGAACCUGGAUCAAGAUUCUGGUGUCAUUUUUGUGGCGAGAACGUAGAUAAACAUGUGACAGAUCGACAAGUAUCAAUUAAGUAUGGUGGAGUUUUUGAGCAUUUUGCGAGGUAAAAAAGAUAUCUAAAUCUUUAAUGGCACUUGGGUUUUUAAAUUAAAAUGAAGGGUUGUCAGAGAAAAUUGAACACUUUACUGUUAUAACUUACAAAUUUUCCUUUUUAAUUACAUUUUUAUUUUUUAAGUGAGGGCCACAGAAAAAAUGUCCACAAGUACUGGUGGGAAAAUGGAGCUGAUAAAAACCUUAAAGACAAGUUCCUUGUUGACAGAGAUACAUUUAACAGGUUUGUGGUCUGUUUCCAGGAGCAUGGUAUCCAUACUCGCUCAUACGCCUGUCCUUACAGCUGAAAUCUGGAAAAUAUAACAUGUAAUAUAUUGGUUAUUAAUCUUUCGCAUUUUACUGUAUUGGUGUGUUUACCCAUCUGAAGGGUAUUCAUGUUGCCCUUUACUCAUAACGUCCUUGAUGUCAUCACUGUUUUGUCUUUUUUUCCAUAAACAUUGCACCUUACUGAUAUCACUUAAGGUGUACAUUAAUUAACUAUUGCAUUUUCCUUCGUAUUUAUUUACUGAAAACGUCUUGUGAAAAUGCGGAAAUAGCAUUUCUGAGCCCCUAAAUUUGAAGAAUUUUCUGGGGGAGCAUGCCCCGAGAUCCCUCUAGUUUACAGUACCUUCCAAGGUCUAACCUUUCUUUCCGUGCAUACACCUUCAAAAACCUCACGCCAUGCCCCUGUAUUCUAAGAACAAAUUCUGUUCUUAUUGUGAUGAAGGUCUCAUUGAAUUUGUACUAAAAUUUGUUUCAGCUACAAAGAAGGUGUUGACAAGAAACUACAGGAGUUUGAAGCUGAGAUGGAACAGAAAAGACAAAAGGUAGAAAACCCCUUCCUUAAAUGUAUAUGGCUAGUUUGUCAGAAAGAAGAAGAGAAAGUGGUUUUGUUGACUUCUCUUCAUGUACAUGUACUCAUAAAAAAUAAAGAGAGAAUGACAUACAAAAUCAUUAGCCAGUGCUGUUUGGUUUUUCAGUUUUAUCAGUUAUCGUAAUAUUAUUGUUAAUAGGCAGUUUCCCAGAUUAAACAGAAAGAAGUUACCCAAGCCUUUAUGAGCCAGCAGGUCGGUGUUGUUCAAGCACUUCAAGCAGGGUAACAGUAUCCUGAAAUAGAUAUUUGAGACAUUAAUAAAUACAUGUAUUUAACUGAGAAACUUUAGGAGUCAAAAAGAAGUUUAUUCUUAGAAAUCAGCUUGCAAAGUCUUUGCAUACCAUUCAUAUCAUCCAAAUUCUAAUGUCACUUGUUGGUCACUGGUUACCAUUGCAACAGGAUGGCCUCUGAUUUCACCCUUACCUUUAAAACGGUUGUUUGCAUUAAAACAAAUAAAGCAAGAAAGUCAGGAGCUCCAUUCUAGCACAGGGCACAGAGGAGUGUUUUGUGAUGGCAAAUGAAGUGAAAAUUUUACUGCCAAACGAACAAGUCGCCUCUGUUUAAUGUAGAAUCUAUUAAGAAUUUGACCUUCCAAAUAGUCAUACAAUUGUGAUAAUAUUUUACCAGGUUAGUAACACGAUCACAUGACUGUUUGAAAGGUCAAGUUCAUAACAGAUUCUACAGUAAACAGAAGUGACUCAUUCAUUUGGCUGUAAAAUUUUUUGCUUCAUUUGCCCGCACAAAUACAGUCGACUCUCUCUUAACGGACACCUCUAUAAGACGGACACCUCUGUAAAAUGGACACUUAGAGUUGGUCCCUGCCUUUCUUUACGCCCUUUAUUUGACUCUCUAUAAGACGGACACCUCUCUAAGACGGACACUAAGUGCCGGUCCCAAAGGUGUCCGUCUUAGAGAGAGUUGACUGUAACUCCCCCACACCCUGUGAUUCUAGGUCUCAGCAUCUGUAGUUACCCUGAAAAAGUUUGCUAUACAAUAGCUCUCUUUUCACCCAGGGGAUUUACAUACAUCAUUGACCACAAAGUUGUUACAUAAACUUGUUAUUACCGGUAGCUAACUAUUCUGGUGCAUUAUAGCUAUGUAUUAGUGAGAGGUGAAGAGACCACGGCUCCAUUUUUUUAUGUUAAAAUACAAAAGAAGAAAAUAAGGAAUGAUGCCAAUAUCUAGUCCCAAAAAUCUUACGGGUAUCCCAAAAUUAUUGGUUAAGUUUAUUAAUGUAGUUAGACAGUGUUGGUUUUUGUUAUUACAUCCUGAACAUUUGAUACUGCAGCCACCCCAGAUACAAGUAACACCAGAAAUUGUUUACAAGACAGUUCAGAAUGAACAAGGAGUUCUGCAAAAUCCAACAGGAUGGUUUGUAUUGUCAAGCAAGGGAGGAUAUCUAGAGAGUUUUUUUUUGUCAUUAUGUUUUCGUUUUUUUAAGUUGAUUUUUCUUGCGCCCAUUUAUUUCCUAGCACCUGCUACGCAGGCCAUGUUGCGGCUAAGCAGGUUACCUAACCUACCUGAAGUCACCCAUUCUUACCCUCAUCCUCUCUUCUCCCUCUCCAUAAAAAAAACACACACAAACACCGCAAUGAAGCCAACAGACCCCCUAAUGUGAGUGAACAUAAUCUGAAAACCAUACUGAGUAUUGUAUUGAGCUACGUUAAAAAAAAAUCCCAAAAUUUCACAUGCAAAAUGUGCUAUCAGUAUGUCAUGUGCAAGUACAGCAAAAGAGGUUUCAUUCAAAUGAAAUGAUCAAUGAGUUUGUCUCAGGUGGACCAAAACUAGACCUGUUCUUUGUUUAUUGUUAUAACAUUUUUGUUUUCUGAUCGUGAGGGUCUCAUUACAUGUGCCUCAUUCUAAAUCAAGAGAGGAAAUGUAUGAGGGUUGCUAAAACUCAAGGCUGAUUUUCAGAGGUGUUGGGGGCCACUCCCUCAAGCCUCCUGCAAGGAGAAAGUCUGAGGGAGUAAUCUUGGACCAUGCAAGAAUCAUAUUACAAAAAUAUGGUCUGAUCUCAGGUUACCCCUCUUCUAUACAUUCACAUACAGCUGCAGUUAUCAGGGAAUUUGACCCAACAGCAUGAGUCCUGUUUUUGUCUUAAUACAAUCGUAAUACUUGACGAGUCUUUCUUUUGUGUUGACAGUCAUGAAGGGCGGAGAGUAUGGGGUGGUGGAAUUGUAAAAUACAGGUAAUUGGUUUUUGGACAGUUUCUUUACUGCUACUAAGAAGAGAAAGGGAAAUCCAUGGGUACUCAACCAAUCUCUGUUUAAUGAAAUCAUAUAAUCUAAUAUUUCUGCUUUAGAUCGGGGUCUAAUCAGUGGUUUCCUUGGUUAAUGGAUUCAGUCGACAGUGCCACUAUGGUUGGUAAGUGCUAUUUAUUUGGUGUGAGUAGAGCUUUAGGUAAGAACUGAAAGCAGGGCUGCAAAUAUUAAAAACAGUUUUUUCUGUCACAUUGUCCUACUAAAAUAUAUCCUGAUAAAUUUUAAAGAGCUCUUGAAACAUAGCCAAAGAAAAUUCAGUAUUGUAGUUGACGGUUUUGAUGGCUCCUGUUCUCUUUUUGUAAGAGUAAGAUAUAACCAAUGUCUGACAAAAUCUUCAAACGCUUAGUCACGACGUCCGAACAGAUCAGGUACCAAAGACUAUCACUUUGAAGCGGAAGAUUUCGGUAGCAAUCAAAUAACUUUUAGAAAGACAAUACCAUUAGUGUAUAUUCUUUGCCCGAAAUCUUUUCUGAUUUGUCCACAAAAAUGUUAACCCGGUUGGACACGUGAUUGUGACACAUGCAGUUAGAAUCUACUUAUUUCAGUUCCAAUGGUAACAUCUUCAAUUUUAUCUGCUUUCUACAGGUUCUGUUACCGCAGAUAGCAUUAGCGCUCCAAAAUUUCAAACUGCAGAAGCUUAUGGUGAAAAUCUAACUUGCAUUGGUAUUCCGGUUAGUAUUCUUUGGUGAUUAUGACGUUUUCUUGGGUUAGGUUAACCUAGUCGUGGUUUUUUGGUUUUUGUAAAGAAAAUUAAUGAAUCUUAUUAAAAUACGUUUUCUUUCAGGAGCUAAAAAAAGGCGAAGGAAAUGUCCACACAGGUUCGUACUUAACAAGACUGAUAUUCUCAAACGAUUAAAACUGUGCAAACAAUAGUCGCAUUAAUAUGCACCGUGGGAAAGGCAAUUUUUCGAUACAUUUUCAGCAUAUUUAUUGUGUUCUUUUAUGUACUGAGAUUAAGAAGACUAAAAGCGAUUGCGCUCAAGUUUGUAUCCCGUGUAGUCGCCACGUGUAGUUUUUCCUUUUACCACAAAAUUUCGUAGCCACUCAGCUCAUUGGUUUGUAUGGUCACUUCCUUUAAACUAUUGUUCAAGUUUCCACCGUAUAAUACACGCUAAAUUUAUCUUGGGAACGCGAGGCUACACACGCAGUUAAAUUCUUACCUCGCCGGAGAAAGGCUCAAUGUAACCGCAACUUAUGUCUUGCCUUUAACAGAAACCGAGACGACGCAUCUUGGCGAAAGGUGCAAAGGGCAUGUAAAGCGCGGGAAGUGAGGCGAGGAGGAAGAAGACGCGCUUAGAGUACGAAAAAAGUAUUUGGGCGGUUUAUUACUUUUUUCUUUGAUGCAAUAAAGGUUCAGUUAGUUUUUGAUGGGUUUUUGCAGGUGCUACACCGCCCUGGCUGAGAGAAGAUGAUGAUGAUGAGGAAGGUGCCUCAGCUGAUAACCAUGUCAUUGGUCCAUCAUUUGAUGCCUUUAAAAAGCAUGGUAAGUUCACUCGUUAUCCGUGGUCACUUUGCUCCCCGGUCGAAAGUCAGGUCCUAUGGCCAGUGUGUCAUUUAAUCCUUAGUUCGCCACUUAAAAGCGAGAACGAGACUGAGCCGAGUAAACUUCGGAAAGACUUCUGGGACUGUUAUUGGGGACAGGGUCAAACCAGCCAAUAGCUAACCGGCACGUCACCAGUAACUAUCCCAGAAACAAUUGCGGGACACAUUUCGGCUCCAGUCACCUUCGCGUUUCUAAAGUGGCGAAUGGUGACUAACGAGUAGUUUUCCCUCUAUAAUAUGACUGUUCAGUCUUGAGAGUUACGAAAGUGAUCGUAACACUAAACAUUGAUUGAUAAGCAGCUUCUCAGUAGUACCAUGAGGAAUUCAUGGAUAACAGUUUCUUGUAUAUAAGGGAAUUUACGUUAUUUAGGGUUAAACGUAUAAAAGAUCUUUAGCAAAAUCCAACUAGUGGUCUAUUAUCAAUGCUGCGUUCUGAUUGGUUGAGCUACUACUAGGCUAUAUGUUAUAGCCCACUAGUAGCGAAAGGCGCCGGCUUUUUGGCGGCAAAAAAGGAUUAAAGGCUAGCUUUAAGUAGCUAAUUUUUUUUAUUCUCGAUAUUUUUGAUCAACUAGUUGGAUUUUACUAAAACAAUUUAUUCCUCUCGCCCAUUCGGGCUCGAGGAAUAAUUGUUAAAUAGUAUUGCUGUAAUUGCGUUUUUCUUUCAGCUGAACGCAUGAAAAAGAUCAACCACAAAAAUCCUCACCGAGUUGGCGCGAAUUUUGACAGGAAAAAAGAAACAAGUGAAGAUUGGUAAGUUCUUGUUGAAACUCAAAUAUCUGACUAUAUCGCCCUUGAAAAAAGCACGCUGCGAAAAUGGUAUACGAUUAAUUCGUCCUGCGAGUAGUUUGUCCGACUUCUUGCUCCCAUGAAACAGUAUUUUAAGAAAAAAUUUGAAAGCGCGAUACAAGCUAGACCGGCAUCAAGAGUGAAAAGUCGACUGAAAUUUGAGCCCUGGAACUAGGAGCCAAGAGUCGAUUUUUGUCUCUCCUGGCCCGUGUUGGUGUCUUUUGUCUUUCGACUAGGGAAAUAGAGGCAGCUUUUUAAAUAUUGUCUUGUAUUACAUUAAAUUUUUGUACUUGAAUUGGAAGAAAAAAAUGACCGUACAAACAGCUGCUGCAUAUUUUGGUGUAAAGCUUUUGUACAAAUGUAAGUACGGUAUUCGGAGAGCACGGGUCUCCGGGCGUUCCGUGCAUGUGCUUCCCGCGAAUUCUACGUUCCUGACGCUUCUUUACAAGCGGCAACUCGAGUUUUAGAGGACAAAAGUGACUGUUUUUCAGUCCAUAUAAAAAUGACAUUUGUAAUUUUAUUCAAUUCAGAGGGUUGUUUUCUUUCUUUUUCACAGGCUUCCUUCUUUUGGCAGAGUUUGGAAUCAAGGUCCUCGCUGGCAGUCAAGGUACAUAUCAUUCAGUUCAGCUCAUUCAGUAACCUACUGCGCAGCGUCCUGAGCAGCUGCUCGGGCCGUAGUCACGCAGUGCUCCCAGCUUCGAUCGCGUGAUCUUGGCCCGAGUAGCUGUAACGAAGACUAGCACAUUCACAGCAAAUUCUUUACCAAGUGCUUUUGUUACGUUUCCUUGAACGCUAGAGGUCCAGAAAACAAGAUUGACGCCUAACCAUGAACUUUUGUUUUCCUCCUUUAGACACGAUUACAGACGCGAGAACAAAGUGAAGAAAUCAAAGAAGUGA